CUCCCGGCAUGCCUUGCGCGCCUUCCGCGACGAGACCGAGACGCCAGGCGAGAUGGCGCCCGUGGAGCACGUGGUGGCCGACGCUGGCGCGUUCCUGCGCGGAGCCCCGCUGCAGGAGAUCGGCAGGCAGAUCUACACGACCCGCGAGGUGGUGGCCGAGAUCCGCGACAAGGAGACGCGGCGGCGCCUGGCCGUGCUGCCCUACCGGCUCCGCUUCAAGCAGCCCGGCACGGAGUACGUUCGGCUCGUGACCGAGUUCUCCAAGCAGACCGGCGACUACCCGAGCCUGUCGGCUGCCGACCUCCAGGUGCUGGCCCUCACCUACCAGCUGCACGUCGAGCACGUCGGGGCGGCUCACCUGAGGACGGAGCCACUGCGGCAGGUCACGCUCAGCACAACCAACCAGCACCCUGAAGCACCUGUUCACCUGGCCGGCUUCUAUCUCCCUUCCAAGACCAAGCCUCCAAAGAGGGAAGAGAGCCCGUCGCUGGGAGCAAGUCAAGGACAUCUCUCCCCAGCUGGGGCUGACGAAGAGGCGGCUGCAUUUGGCUCUUUCAUGUUCUGGAGGCCUCCCUUGCCCAACAUUGAGGAAGACCUGCAGGAACUGCUGAAAGCAGCUGGCAGCUCCGUGGAGCCAGGGGAGCCCCAAGAGCAGGAGAGCGCUGAAGAGGACGAGGAGGGCUGGAUCACACCCAGCAACAUCAGGGCGGACGCAGGGCAAGGGGCUGAGCUUCCAGAUGUGCAGGUUGCCUGCCUGACCACAGACUUUGCCAUGCAGAACGUCCUGCUGCAGAUGGGCUUACAGGUCCUGGCCGUGAACGGCCUGCUGAUCCAGCAUGCCCGGAGCCACAUCCUGCGCUGCCACGGCUGCUUCAGGACGACAUCGGACAUGACUCGCCUUUUCUGUCCCCACUGCGGGAACAAGACCCUGAAGAAGGUGGCGGUGACCACAGACAGCGGGGGGAACCUCCACAUGCACUUCUCUCGCAACCCAAAGGUGCUGAACCCUCGCGGACUCCGGCACUCGCUGCCUGCUCCCCAAGGGGGCAAACACGCCCACAACCCCCACCUGGUGGAUGACCAGCGCUUCCCCCAGCAGCGGCUCUCCCGCAAGGCCAAGCAGAAGACAAACGUCUUUGACCCGGAUUACCUGGCCGGCAUGUCUCCGUUUGCAGAGAACGACAUCUACAGUCGGGCAGCCAAUCUGCAGAUUCGGGAUGGGGCCCUGGGGGCAGGCAGGAGGCGCAUGAAUCCCAACACCUCCACAAAAAAGUGUAUGAAAAAGAGGUGAAGGGGGGCCGUCCUGCCCCAACCAGGGCUGCAAGAAGGUGAGAUGUGAAGCCCGGCCUCCCCCCAGGACAACGGACUGGCUGUGUUUCCUGGGCACCUGCAGGCUACUGGCAGUGGGGGUGAGAGCCACGUCUCUGGAGAAGACCUUAGAGGGGUGGGGGCUGGGCAGGAAGUUUGGAAAGCCCUGCUUUGGUCUCAGCAUAC